CGCCCCCCGCGCAUGGCCGCGCUGCCCCGCGUUCUGGGCGCCCGCGCCGCUGUCCGCCCGCUGCCCGCGUCGCGCGCCAUGGCCGGACGGCCCGAGGGUCCCGCGGCCCGCGCCGCCUACGACUUCCUGGUGAUCGGGGGCGGCUCGGGCGGGCUGGCGAGCGCGCGACGGGCGGCCGAGCUGGGCGCCAGGGCCGCCGUGGUGGAGAGCAGCAAGCUGGGCGGCACCUGCGUGAAUGUUGGAUGUGUGCCAAAAAAGGUAAUGUGGAAUACAGCUGUCCACUCUGAAUUCAUACACGAUCACGUCGAUUACGGCUUUCAGAACUGUGAGAGUAAAUUCAAUUGGCGAGUGAUAAAGGAAAAGAGAGACGCCUACGUGAGCCGCCUGAAUACCAUCUACCAAAACAACCUCACCAAGUCCCAUAUAGAUAUCAUUCACGGCCACGCUGCCUUCACCAGCGAUUCCAGGCCAACGAUCGAGGUCAACGGGGUCAAGUACACAGCCCCACAUAUCCUGAUCGCCACAGGUGGGGUGCCCUCACGCCCGCAGGAGAGCCAGAUCCCAGGGGCCAGCCUGGGGAUCACCAGCGAUGGAUUUUUCCAGCUGGAAGAGUUGCCAAGCCGCAGCGUCAUUGUCGGCGCAGGUUACAUUGCCGUGGAGAUCGCCGGGAUCCUUUCAGCUCUGGGUUCUAAGACAUCGUUAAUGAUACGGCACGAUAAGGUGCUUAGAAAUUUUGAUUCGUUGAUCAGUUCAAACUGCACCGAGGAGCUGGAGAAUGCCGGCAUCGAGGUCCUGAAGUUCUCCCAGGUCAAAGAAGUUAAAAAGACUUCUUCAGGCUUGGAGCUCUGUAUGGUCACUUCAGAACCUGGUCAGAAUCCCUCUGAGACCACAAUUCCCGACGUGGACUGCCUGCUCUGGGCCAUUGGACGCGACCCGAAUUCCAAGAGCCUGAAUUUAGAAAAAGUGGGGGUUCAGAUCGAUGAUAAAGGUCACAUCAUCGUAGAUGAGUUCCAGAACACUAGCAUAAAAGGCAUCUAUGCAGUGGGGGACGUGUGUGGAAAAGCCCUUCUUACUCCAGUUGCCAUCGCUGCUGGCCGGAAACUUGCCCAUCGGCUGUUUGAAUGCAAAAAGGAUUCCAAACUGGACUAUGACAACAUCCCCACCGUGGUCUUCAGCCACCCGCCAAUCGGGACGGUGGGCCUCACCGAAGAGGAGGCUGUUCAUAAAUAUGGACGAGAAAAUGUGAAGACCUAUUCAACCACCUUCACCCCAAUGUAUCAUGCCGUUACCAGGAGGAAAACAAAAUGUGUGAUGAAAAUGGUUUGUGCCUUCAAAGAGGAAAAGGUGAUUGGGAUCCAUAUGCAGGGAAUCGGCUGUGACGAGAUGCUGCAGGGCUUUGCCGUGGCCGUGAAAAUGGGCGCAACAAAAGCCGACUUUGACAACACUGUGGCCAUUCACCCCACGUCCUCGGAGGAGCUGGUCACCCUGCGCUGAGGGCCCCGAGACCGCCGAGCAACCACGCUCGUCCACUGUUUCCAUUUGGCGUGUUUCUUUCAUCUUCUGCUCGCAAAAAUGAUCGGUCAAUUAACGACUUAUUUCAUGUCCUCGGACACUCGUGAUUUUCAUUUGAUCGCAUUUCAUAGUAAUGGAAAAGGCUUUUUGUUUUCGAUGACCAGCGCUGGGCAAGGCAAGUUUGGUUUGUCUCAGCCACCUCCAAGGUCCGAGGAGGGCUGGAGACACGGCUCCACAGGUGGAGGACCUGCCUCCGUGCAGAGCAGGAGGCCUGCAGGGUCUGGACCCACACAGCCCCGGAGCGCUUAGGGAGCGACCCUGAGCACAAAUCCACAAGUGGCCUGUGAGUGUCACUGGGUGUGCCCCAGCUCCCCAAAAAAGAAAUUGUAUGAAGUACAAUGAAAUGAUUGUACUUGCAUAUAGCUUGCUGAUUGUUUUCAUAGAAGAAGAUGAUUGUAGCUUUUUAUAUUUAAAGAAUGCAAAUGCACAGCUUCUCUUUUUCAUUUUUAAAUCCAGUAAUGUGUUCUGCACAUCACAAGUAGCUACUUGUGGAUAGUCUUUUUUUUUUAAUUGAAGUAUCAUAAUUUGCAAUAGUGUUGAACUUGUUGUUUUAUAGUUGCAGAGUUUCAAGAUACCUCCCCAGAGCCCUCAAGGAUAGUCUUAAUGUGAAAGCAUGUGAUGAGGGGAGGCCUCCCUGAGCCAGAGUAGUCCCCAGUAUUGCUGGGUUUGGUGCCCCUUCUCCCCCCAGAAUAAAACCCCCCAACAUGUGUUAGGACCGGGAAUGCAGCUUAGCCAUAGAGUACUUGCCUUGCAUGUGUGAGCAUGCAAGAGUUUGACCCCUAUACUGGCCCCCAUCAUUUGUGACACUUUUAUGAGAUGAAGUUCAUCAAACUUAGAAAAGGUAUUCAGAAGCCGGUUGCAUCAGUGAGGGACAUUUGCGAAGUGAUCUGCUUUCAGAGUAAGACACACUCAGACUUCUUCCUGUUCAAUGAAUACUUCCAAUUAUUCAAUGUGCUGUUGAUGUUUUGUUUUGUUUUUUUCUGAAAACCACUUCUAAAAAUUCAAAAAUAAAAGCAAUCUUUUCUUCCUAUAAA